AUGUUUCCCGGUAUGACCAACAGUACGUACGCUUACCCUUGUUCACUACUUCAUACGGUAAGCACGGACGAAGCGAUCCAGUUCGACAAGUCAGAGGCGAUCCUCAUGGCUUUGGCCAGCGGCCAAAUUAGACGCGAUGGCGCGUGCAUCCUUCAUUUUGAACAGUCCUGUGCAUCCAACUACGCUGCCAAAGUGAAACAGCGUCGGCUUCUUGCAGACUUCAGUGGACAUGCAAUGCUUCCUGUGAUCAAACGAUUGGAACCUGGCCAACAACCACUCACGUAUGCUCAUCUUCUUUUGGGAAUUGAAGGUCUGGGGGUCUUUACCAGGCGCUACUGCUUCGAUUUUAUUAACGAAAUGGUGAAUCGGCUCCGCGAUUUUGUCGCCAACAACGCUCAGCAUGAUGAACGUGCGACUUUACCGCGUGUGAUGCUGACACUUCACACCGUCGAUAUGUUUUUGUCCCGGGCGCUCAACCACCUUCGCAGCGAUAGUCCGUCAUGGUGGGCUAAUUUCCGCGCAGAAGUUCAAAGAAUGGAUUACAACUCGACCGAAUGGGUGCUACUACCCUCCUCACUGCUCACGUCGACGCCAGCGCACCAAACCACGGCGGCAAGCACGACAGACCACCAGGUAUCGCCAAGGGCGAACUUCAAGUCAGCCCCACGACAGCGUCCUCGAGAUCAAACCAGUUACGAACGGCUACGAGGUUUUCCUCCAGACAUCGCGGCACUUGUUCCUCGGGUCAAUGGGAAGGAGCCCUGCCUCCGGGUUUUCUCCGGUCAUGGAUAUUAUGUCAAGGGCAAGUCGUGUGGCAACGCAUCCAACGGACCAAACACUCCCGGGUUACUACCUCGUUCAGCUCCUAAGGUGCUACUACACCCGGGUGAACGAAGCCCUGAUUUCCCAAUCACCCAACUUCCGGAGGGCGGGGCGGUCUCUCUACCCAACAAUCACGAUUGUUCCGCCGCAUCCAGGACAACAAUCACGAAUGUUCCGCCGCAUCCAGGACACGGCAUCAGGCUCACAGUGCAGCUUUGA